CAAUCCAGCUGCUCUGUCCCUCGCAGCUCAUGGAGACCCGAGAUGUUGGGCCGAGCCUGGUGCUUAGCAGCCCUGGUGGCGACGGUGCAGGGGCAGCAAGACAGGAUCCCGCUGAGUUGGUCCUUGGAGUCCCUCUUCGCGCAGCGGCAGGGCGGUAGCUGCGCCGAGGAUAGCGUCAACUUUUUUCUGACGCGGACCUCGCAGGGACCCAAGGGUUUGUCGGCGUCAGAGUUUUCGGCCAUUGAUGCGGUACUCUUCCACCAUCCGUCAGCUAGGGUAGUGCUGCUGUUGGUGGGUGCAGAUCUGGAAGCAGAGAAUCUCUUGGAUCGGUACAUGGAAGAUGGCUACUGCGUUGUAACAUUUCCGAUGAGGAUCGAUUUGAUCAUGACAUUGGUCUACCGAGCGGUUUCCCCAAUGGACAGGUAUGGUCUGAAUGACGAGCAACUGCAGGAACUGUUGGGCCGGGCCGGAGUGGAACCGAAUGGCUUGGCCUUUACGGUGAAUGCUGCGCUAUUUGCCCUGCAGGUGCUCUUUGGGGGGGUGAGUAUGAGCAUGGAUAUGCUUUUGCUGAACCCCUUCGAUUCCUGGCUCCCUGCGCCCUUGUCGCUUCGCCGGGCCGCUGUCUUCCUGGAGAGAACCUUGGAGCCAGAUGUACCACCACCUCCAGAUGUCCUCGAAGAAGAGGAUUUCGAAAAGUCCUGGAACCCAAGAUCACACACCGACCGCGGUGAUGGCAUCACCACAGUGUGUGCCUCUCACGUGGCUCCACGCUCUCUACCGAAGGGCUGUGACUUCGGAAAGCAGAUCCUGCAAGUUUGGCUCGGGGCUUAUGCCCAGCAAGGUACCCUUCAGGCCGUGGAUCCCAUCGUGACCCGACUCUUCAAGAGCUACGUUCGCUCCCGGCGAUGGCCUGAGGACAGCUGCGAGGUGGUCCUUUUGCCAGGAUGGUCCCUGGCGGAGCCUCACUUUGCGGAUGGCUUUCGCUACUAUGGACGCCGCGGGUCUGAGGAUGAGCUUGACGACCGGCCCCACUACCACAGCCAGUUGUACUCGCCGCGCGCGCACCGGGAGCGUGCGGACUGGUCCCUGGUGCGCUCGCUAAAGCUCUUUCUGCCCUUGGACUACGGCCCCCCUUCCUCGCGCAAUGCGCUGCCACGCAGCGUGGUGGAUCUGACGAAGCGGCUGCUGUCGCUGCGGCUGGGACCUGCUGAUGGGCAACCCAUGGGGUUCGGCAUAAAGGGACAGCCAGAGGGGAGAAGGUGGAGAAGUCCAGUGGAUGCCUUGGAUGCGCUGCAGAAUAAUAUGGUGGAGAGCUUCGAUUUGGGCAAGCCCAAGAAGUUGAAACGUGAGGCGGCUCUUCCAGGUGAAGUGGGUGGCUUUCGGACCUUCCGAGAUGUUCGAGUCGUGGGCAGAUCCACUUGCGAUGACCGAAGGAUCAGGGUGAAGAUCUCUGGGGCCUCCAUGGGCUUCUUCUGCCGCCUGGCCGCGCGUGUGGAAGGCGGUGCCACUGAGGGCGGCCCAAUGGCCGCGGAGCAGCUUCAAGUGGCUGCGGCCUGCAGGCAGGCCUUGUCCGUGGACAAGGGAAGCUUCACGAUCACUGGGCUUCCCUCGCAGGUGAACGCUGCAAUUGCCUUGUUGGCCUAUGACCCAGUCCCCUCUCUGGGUGCGCCGCUGUCCUCCAAGCGCCUGACUGAAGCAGAGUUGGCGGCGCACUUUGGGAAUCUGACUUUGGAGCUGGAGGAGGCGUGCUCUUCACCCGAAAACGUCACCCUUGAUGCGUUGUUGGACGACGUGGAGGAGCAGAUGACCGUGGUGGCGCAUUCGGCCUCCCGUUGCGAGCUGCUGGAGCGCCUGGGCGCCUCUUUCCGUGUGCUCUAUCCACGGCUGCCGGUGCUGGUCACCUGCGAAUGCGCCGAAAGCAGCGACUGUGAGGAGCUGCGGCAGAGGCCGCAUGCGAAGAUUCCCAGGAUGGCGGUGAUUGAUGUGCCCUUUGACUUUGGACUUUCCAGGGGGAAGAAACUCUUGGUCUCGCGAGUGGAAACCGAGUUCACUCUGGUCUUGGAUGAUGACUUUGUCAGAUCUCCUCUGUCCUGCCUGGAAUGCAUGCUGUGGCACAUGCGGAGUCAUUUGCACUCCCUGACGCUGCCCUUUGACAUGCUGGGUUUCCCCAUUUUGGAGGAUGAGCGAAACUUUGGGGCUUUUCGUGGAAGCCUUCGCCCCACGCAGAAUCGUUUGUUCUUGGAUCCUAUUGUGGCGGAUGCCUCUGCCGAUGGCUGCACACGCGUUGGCAUCCAUCCCAUGGCUUUCCUGGGGCGCACGGCGCGGCUGCGAGAGUUCAAGUUCCAGGACAACCUGCAGGUGGGCAAGCACGAGCAGUUUUUCUUCUCCAAUCGCUAUUUGGGCCUACAAGCGGCUGUUUGCUUCGACUCCACCUUCCCCCACUUCCGGGUGAAGAUGAAGGGGGCCUACAAGCAACGCCGCGAACGCAUGCAAGAGCUGAUGACAAAAGAGUUCACGAAGAUCGGGUUUCCCAGCAUGAUGUAUCUGCUGCAGAAAUACGAUGCCCUGAGCGGCCUGGACCAUGCGGAGUUCAUCUCCAAAGAUGUGCCGCCUUGGCACAUCUCGCACGACACCUGUGGGCCGCAGGUGGAGCCUCCGGUUGAGUUCGGCAUGUUUUUCGUGGCAAUUUUCUCGACCGCCACCGAUAAAGGCCGCCAGUUUCGGCACAUUCUGCGGGGCGAAGAAUAUUCGGAGGUGUGGCUCGCGAAGCUGUCAGAGUUGGCGGCUGUAAACUGGGCCUUCUUUUUGGAUGAGAAUGCAGCUUCUAGUGGAAGUAUUCAGGAGGAGGAGGCAGAAUAUGGAGACCUUGUCUUCUACCCGGCAGGGACCAGUGUCAACUCUGCGCGCCCCACAGCAGAGCAGUUGCGCUGGUCCUUCGCUUUUUUGCAGCGCUUCCAAUUUCGCUGGCUCUUAGUGACCUUCGAGGCGACCUUCGUGAACACUCCCGUGUUGUUCCAGUCGCUGAGUCGUGUGGAGCAAGCCUGGGCCAAUGCAGCCAGCCGGACGGUGCUGGGGAAGUGGACGGAGCAGGGGCUGGCACCCGAGCUACUCAUCCUGACCCAAGACGUCUUCCACCUCUUGGCUUCGCAUCGCAUGCUGCGGUGGCUGCGCACGGAGCUGACCUUCGGAGACGCCGUGAAUGCCUGGCUGGCACCACUGGCGAUACAGCGGGAGAACAUUCCAGGCAUUUACACAGG